AUGUCGUCCACCUUUCUACCACCCAACUCGGCCGCCCACAAUCCCACCGCCGGCGGUUCCCUCCUCCAGCCCCGCUCCAACGCCUCCAACCCAAACAGCUCCCGCGUAUGCUACUUUUUCGACUCAGACAUCGGAAACUACCACUACGGCCCCGGUCACCCCAUGAAACCCACCCGCAUCCGCAUGUGCCACUCGCUCGUCAUGAACUACGGCCUCUACAAGAAGAUGGAGAUCUUUCGGGCCAAGCCGGCGACCAAGCGAGAAAUGUCGCAGUUCCACACCGACGAGUACGUCGAGUUCCUCAACCGCGUCACGCCCGACAAUGUCGACUCGUUUGUCCGCGAGCAGGCAAAGUUCAACGUCGGCGACGACUGCCCCGUAUUCGAUGGCCUCUUCGAGUACUGUUCAAUCUCGGCGGGAGGAUCCAUGGAGGGAGCGGCGCGUCUGUCAAGAGACAAGUGUGACAUUGCCAUCAACUGGGCCGGAGGUCUCCAUCACGCAAAAAAAGGCGAGGCGAGCGGGUUCUGCUACAUCAACGACAUCGUACUGGGCAUCCUCGAACUGCUGCGCUACCACCCGCGCGUCCUCUACAUCGACAUCGACGUCCACCACGGCGACGGCGUCGAAGAGGCCUUUUACACUACCGACCGCGUCAUGACGUGCUCCUUUCACAAGUACGGCGAAUUCUUCCCGGGCACCGGAGAGCUGCGCGACGUCGGAAUGGGCAAGGGCAAAAACUACUCGGUCAACUUUCCUCUGCGCGACGGUAUCACCGACGAGAGCUACAAGAGCGUCUUUGAGCCCGUCAUCAGCCAGAUUAUGGAGCACUACCAGCCGUCGGCCGUGGUGCUGCAGUGCGGCUCCGACUCGCUGGCGGGCGACAAGCUGGGCUGCUUUAACCUGUCGAUGCGCGGCCACGCCAACUGCGUCGAGUUUGUCAAGAGCUUCGGGCUGCCGCUGCUGCUCCUCGGCGGAGGCGGCUACACGAUGCGCAACGUCAGCCGGGCCUGGGCCUACGAGACGGGCCUGGCGGCCGGACAGGAGCUCAACUCUCAGGUGCCGGUCAACGAGUACUACGAGUACUUUGGACCCGACUACCGCCUCGACGUGCGGCCCAACAACAUGGAGGACCUCAACACGCGCGAGUACCUGGAAAAGAUCAAGGUGCAGGUAUUCGAGAACCUGCGGCAGACGGGCCACGCCCCCUCUGUGCAGGGGCACGUCGAGCCGCGCUUUGACCGCGACCGCGACGACGACGACGACGAUGACGACGACGAUGCCGAUGCAGAGGUGCGGGCGAGCAAGAACAGGAAGUACACGGAUCGGAGGGUGCAGAAGGAGGCCGAGCUGAGCGAUAGCGAGGACGAGGGAGAGGGCGGUCGGAGGGACCGGAGGGAUCACGGUGGACGCGCAUCGUCGAGGAGCGCGGAAAAGGAAAAGGGUCCCAGCAUCCUUCAGCCGCUUCUGGAUCGACAGAGGGAGAGGGAGAGGGAGAGGGAAAAGGCCGACGCGUCGAGCGGCAGCGCAGGGAGCGCGGGCGCGGGCGGCUUGGUCAAUGGCCAUGCAAACGGCCACGGCCACGGCAACGGCAAUGGUGCCGCCGCGCAGGGUCUGGACGAUGCGGCCAAAGGGGCAGGGGACGGCGACAAGGGCGGGCCUUUGAUGGGCGGGGACGAAAAGAUGGACGAGGACCCGUCCCACCCGCCUACCGCCGCCGUCGCCGCCGCGUCUCAAGCGACAACACAGCAGCAGCAGCAACAGGGCGGUGCAGGUGGAGAGGACAUGGACGUCGAUGCCGAUACACGCCCAUCAUCACCGCCACCGACAGCACCACCGCCGGCACGUACCGCCACCGACGACGCGGCGGCACCCUCGUCCUCCUCGGCCACCGCCCAAUGA